AUGGUUGUAACAUGUCACUCGUCCCUGCAGGAGGAGAUCAGUCGCCUGCGGCUGAAGGUGAUGCGACUGACGGCCAAGGUGGCAGCGCUCAAUACCCCGACAAUAUCUGCUGAAGAAGCGGAGCUGGCACAGCUCAUGCUGCAACACACUGCGCUCGCUGCAAUCGCAAGAAGCCAGCAAUUUCAAGUAGCCAAAGCUCAGUCGCUAUUGACGCAGCGAAUGAGCGAGCAGAACUGGAAUCCCUUGAGCACGAGCAUCUGCCUCGGCAAGGAGUCGGCUGAGCGUCGGGCCGCACUUUUGGAGAUACGACCUCAGAAGUUGCUGAAUGCCUACGAGUACAUUACGUCUGCGUGUCCGUUAGAGGACACGAUGGUGCCGCAGUACUCGGACGAGCGAUUUGAGACGGGGUCUAGUCAGGAACCGAGAGCAGUCAUUGCCAUUGACUCGGUGGAUCAAGAUGCGCUUCACCCGUACAUCGCCAGUGAACGUGUUCGAAGAGAGAUUUCGGUCGCUGUCUUGCUUACAGCAAACGAUUCAAAUGCCAAGGAGGACGAAAGCUAUCCAAGCGCGUCAAGUAUGAGCGAAGACGGUGGCUUGGUAGUAACUAUGCGCCGAGUGACCUUUUUGAAGCUGCACAAUCCAGAAUUUCCUGUGUCCAAGGCUGCUUUACAGGAGUUGCAGAUGGAUGUUGCGCUGUGGAGCAACUUAGCGCUGAAGACGAUGCGUGACGUUCUAAAGGUGCCUCCUAAGUAA